GCUCAAGCUCAUUUAUUAAAUAAUUUUCGAUUUAGGCUCAGGCUAGAUCUUGUUUAAGCUCACCUCGAUUUUGAUCUUGUAGCGAGUGAAUCUUGAGUAGCUCACGAGUGGCUUGGCUUGUUUACACCGCUAGUGAGAUGUCAUUAUGAGUGAAGCGGUGGUCUUUGGCAAUUCCGUUACGCAAGCACGAGAUUUAAUGGGGGUGGUUGUGGAUUGUAGUAAUUACUUGCUUGCCUUUUCUGAAGUGCUAUAUAUGUACCACAAGUUAUUCAUCUCUUCAUCAUCUUCCAUCAGAUCAAAAUCCGACGUUGUCUCGCAAAAAUGUCAGACGUUCCACCAGAUGCACUCGUCAAUAUUCUCUCGCGCUUACCGGUGAAGUCUCUUCUUCGAUGUAGAUCUCUUUCCAAAACCGAGCGUGCUCUGAUUGACAGCCCUCACUUUGUCAAUCUUCAUACGAAACAAUCCAUGAAAACCGACAAACUUCUCGUGUCUUCUAAACGCACCUAUUCCUCAACUUCCUUUCGUCCCUUAAAUUUGGACUCGCCUCAAACUUCUGUGGAGUUGGAAACUCCUUUCGAUACGACCGAUUUCCCUAAGGUUCUCGGCACUUGCCAUGGUCUCGUAUGUUUAUCCAACAUGCCAUUUGAUCGGUUCAUCGUAUUGUGGAACCCCGCAACCCAAAAGUAUAAGGUGAUAUUGACACCAAUGGUCUAUCCAUCGAGUUCCAAUGUUCUAAUCGCCUUUAAUCAAGUAGGUUAUGAUCAUGUAAACGAUGACUAUAAGGUAGUUAGAUUGAUACAAACUGGUGGAUACGUGUGGUUGAAUUCGAUGGUUUUCGUUUACAGUCUUAAGCUGAACAUGUGGCGAUCCGUGGAGCAAAGAUUUCCUUACUAUUUUAACCUUGCGUUGUGUCAGGGUCAAGGCGUGUGUGUGAACAGUGCGUUACACUGGGUCGUAAGUAAAAAACCCCAUUUGGGUAACGACUUGUUGGUUAGUUUUGACCUUGCGAGUCAAAGCUUUCGGUUGGUCCCACAUCCUGAGUGUUUUAACAGUGACAUGAUUACGAGUUUGGGAGUGUUAGGAGGAUGUCUUUGUGUUGUUGGUUAUCGCGAGUUGCGCAGCAACGAUGUUUGGGUGAUGGGGGAGUACGGAGUGAAGGAAUGGUGGAGUAAGUUGGUUGCGUUGACGUCGGGAAAUGUGUCGAGGUGUGUUUUUCUAAGUGUAAGACCAAUCACGUAUUUGAAAAACGGAAAGGAAGUUGUCUUGGAGGUUAACCAACAAUGGUUUGAGAUUUAUGAUAUUGAAAAGAAGACAUCCAGACAAAUAAUGAUCGGUGAUUCGUCUCGUCGUAUCUCCACAUAUGUUUAUCAGGAGACCCUUGUUAGACUUUAGAAACGUACAAGUAGUUUAAGUGUAAGAUGAUGUGCUAUAGGU